UAGAACAAGGAUUAAAUCCUGUUCGCUGCUUUUGCCUUCCUAUAUUCCGACAGGUGCAUGUCUAUGGAGUUUCUUCCCCCUGUUAUGUAAAAGCAUUGGCAGCAUCUGCACUUCGCAUGCCAGGCAUGGCAUCCUUGAAGGCCGAGGGAUGCGGAAGUGCAACCUUGCAGGGAUAUGAGGAAAGCUAGAUUUUCUAGCUUCUUGUUAGCCGUUGGCGCACGCUAUUCCAAGGUUAGACCACCGCGUAGCAGGUGGAGCCUGUCAAAUCAUGUAUGUACGUAUCGAAGUGGAUCCUUCGUGGAGAUCGAAAUCUGGAACGUAUCGGAGAGGCUGGUGGAGAGUUGGGGUUGCAACGACGCAUCCUUAGCGCUCCAACCAAACAGGGAUAAGACUAAUAGCCUUAAUCCCUUAUCCACAAGUGAGGGUCCAACAAAAGUACGAACACGUUAAGGAUUUGAGAUGUUACAGAGCCGAAAGAAUGAAUGAGUUUUCAAUUUGGUUGUAAA